UAUUUAUUUCAAUAACAAUUUAUGUCAAAUCUGUUACUAAAUAUUGACAAUUGCCUUUAAUAUAAAAUAGAUAAGCUUUUAUAUAAAUUAAUGUUUACUCAUAUUUUUCUGUAAUUGUUCAAAAUAAAGAUAUUGUUUUUAGUGCAAUACAUUUUUUGUAAAAAAGUGCAGCAUUGAUUGUCUCAUCAGAGCUUUGUUUUUUAUUACUCUUAAUUGUAUUUUUAUCAUAGAAUAUAACGCAUGUCUCCUACUCACCAAUAAUAUUAAAUAUAUCUUCGAGAGAAUUCGAUACGAUUGGAAUAUAUUAAAAGCUCAGGCGGAAUUAGAAAUGAUACGGAAAUAUGCAGGCGAUGCAAAAUUAUAUACGAUCGGUUUUAUGAUUUUGAUGGUUAGCAGUGUACUGGGAUUCUUAAUAAUAAGUUAUGUACCCCUUAUACUCGAUGUGAUCGUACCAAUGAAUGUUUCUCGACCGCGACAAACAGUAAUUGCAUUGGAAUACUUUGUCGACGAAGAAACAUACUUCCUCGCUAUUUUAACACAUAUUGUAAUAACUUUAUAUGUUGGUGCUUCGACAAUAGCAUCUUUCGCAUCAAUCCUCAUAGCAUACGUAUUGCACACAUGCGCCAUGUUUAAAAUCGCCAGCCAUCGAAUAGAACACAUAUUUGACGAAAUGCAACAUAUGUCAAAGGAUAUUAAACAAUAUAUACUUUAUAAUAAAUUAAUUCAUGCUGUAUAUAUUCAUCGCAGAGCUAUGGAUUUGGCCAAUAUUUUGACGAACAGUUUUGCGACAUUGUAUUUCGUGUUAUUAGGAUUUGGUGUUGCUUCGACGAGUUUCAAUAUCCUUAAUCUUUUUAAUGCAAUAAUAUCCCUGGAAAAAUUGGAUUUAUUGAUAUUUAGUGACCUUAUAUUUCUACAUUUGUAUUAUAUAUUUCUGGGAAAUUAUGUUGGACAAAAUAUUAUAGACAACAGCAUUGGCGUAUGUCAAGCAACAUAUAAUGCACGAUGGUAUACUGCGCCAGUAUGUAUGCAAAAAUGGAUACUAUUCAUAAUGCAAAGAAGUAGCAGAAAGAGUUCUUUAACAGCGGGAGGUCUAUUUGAUGCGUCGUUAGAAGGUUUUGCUACACUCAUGAGUAUGUCUAUAUCCUACGUUAUGGUCCUUCAAUCCAUUGGAGUACACAAAGAAAGCCACGAAAAGAAUAAUAAUAAUCAUAUUUAAGAAUUUAAUUCGCAGAGUUAGACCGCAUUCAGUACGUACUAUUACAUAUUCUCUGCAUAUUUACUAAUAAAGUAAAUUUUGAAAUAACAAUAAAAAUAACAAUACAUUCAUUUCUGCACUUUUUGGAAUUAUUGCUAUUGUGUCAUGAACAUAUUGUGACAUAUUUGAUUAUUUUUUUAUCAUUAUUUGUGACAUAUUUGGUUAUUUUUUUAUCUUGCUUCUUUAUCAUUAACAAUCGUACAUAUGCCGAUAUUAAUAUAAUAUUAACUUCUAAUUUUAAUUGAUAAAUAAAUAUAUGCUAUAAGUAACAAUGAGUAAGAUACUUUUUUGUGACUCAUGUAAUUCAUUUAAAUGUAUCAACUAUAAAGACAUCUUUCUAAUGUAACAUUUUCUUUUUCGGCGCGGAUGUCUAAAAUGUCUGAUUAUGAUUUACCUUCUAAUAUUUUUCUCAAUAUACAACAAUAUAUGAAUAAAAUUAUAUAUAUACUGAAGCACUUAAUACAACACAUACAACUUAAUGCCAUCUUCACGGCUCAGCAGCUUGCGUGAAAAUAAAGACUCACCAACGUGAGUCUCAAAACAAUGACAAUUGCGCGUGCGCGAGCUCUAUGUAUCAAUAAAUAAUGAAAGCGGCGAACAUUUGUUUUCCGUCACGCACUUUACGAGUUUACGUAAUUCACCCCCAUCAUUACAUUUCUCUUUCUUACCACGAUCUCUUAAAUAAAAUUUGAGAAAAUUAUGAGUGUAAUAAUCAAUAACAAAUACUGUCGGAAAAAUGGAGCUUCUUCGGCAUAGCUCCUGACAAAUGUAGUGAAACUCUUGAAGCCAAAUGAACUUCGACGGUCAGCGUUACUAUAGGGUCAAUCGGUUCUUUCUAGAAAUGAUGGGACUAUGGCCUUACAAUAAUUCCAUAUAUAUAUACAUUUACAGAACAUUUACGACUUUCGUUCUUGUGUCUUCUUGUAUUACUCAGGUAAUUUUUUUCACAUUGAUUUAAUAUAAGAUUAAUGCUGCUUUUAUAUAUA